GUUCACUUUUAUAAAUCAAGACACAGAUAGGCAGAAGAGAUAGAUCUCCACCCAUACAUUCCAUUAAAAAAUGGCGGAAUCAAAGAAAUCAUCGGCAGCCUUGCGCAACCCUCACUGCUUGGUGUUGUCCUACCCAACCCAAGGUCACUUAAACCCUAUGCUACAAUUCUCCAAACGCUUACAACACAAAGGCAUCGCAGUCACCCUUGCCACCACCCGUUCCAUGUCCAACACCAUCCAUCACGCACCCUCCAGCUCCAUCGCCCUCGACACCAUAUCCGAUGGCUACGACGAAGGUGGCAUUGCUCAGGCAGAAAGCAUCGAGUACUACCUCGAACGGUUCUGGAAGGUUGGCCCAGAAACUCUGACCGAGCUCGUCCAGAAGCUUAACGCGUCGGUAUCAGGUCCGUUGAGUUGCAUUGUUUAUGACGCGUUCUUGCCUUGGGCUUUGGAUGUGGCCAGGAAGUUUGGACUGGUGGGUGCGGUGUUUUUCACCAUGUCUUGUGCCGUAGACAGCAUUUUGUAUCACGUUCAUAAGGGUGUGGUUAAGCUUCCGCUGGCCGGAGGUGAAGCAGUCAGGGUGCCCGGUUUGCCUCCUUUGGAAGUUAGGGACAUGCCUUCUUUUAUUUCAGAUUUGGGAUCGUAUCCUGCUUUCUUUAAAAUGGUCGUGCACGAUCAGUUUACCAACGUUGAAAAGGCGGAUUGUGUUCUCUGUAAUACAAUUUAUGAGUUGGAGAAAGAGGAAGCGGACUACUUGAGCAAUCUUUGGCCAUUGAGAACCAUUGGACCAACCAUUCCAUCCACGUUCCUAGACAAGCAAAUUGAAGAAGACAAAGAUUACGGGUUCAGCAUCUUCAGACCCAACAUCAACGCCUUGAACUGGCUCAAACAUCGCCCAAAAGGGUCAGUGAUCUAUGUCUCCUUUGGAAGCAUGGCUGUCCUUAAACCUGAGCAAAUGUCUGAAGUUGCAUUAGCUCUCAAAAAUAGUACCAGCCACUUCCUAUGGGUGGUUAGAGCAUCUGAAGAAACAAAACUCCCAGAAAGUUUCAGCGAGGAGAUAUCGGACAAAGGCUUAGUUGUGACGUGGUGCCCGCAGCUGGAGGUUUUAGCGGACGAUGCAGUAGGGUGUUUUUUGACGAAUUGUGGGUGGAAUUCGACUCUUGAGGCACUAAGUUCCGGUGUUCCAAUGUUGGCGUUGCCACAGUGGACGGAUCAGAGUACCAAUGCCAGGUAUAUUAUGGAUGUGUGGAAGAUAGGACUGAGAGCAGAAGCAGAUGAGGGAGGGAUUGUUCGGAGGGAAGAGAUUGAACGGUGUACAAGGGAAAUAAUGGAGGGGGAGAUAAGUAAGGAGGUCAAAGAAAACUCUAAAAAAUGGAAGAAGUUGGCGAGAGAAGCAAUGGGUAAAAGUGGAAGCUCUGAUAAGAAUAUCAAUGAGUUCAUUGACAGCCUGGUUCUCUCCUAAAGCGUUCUGUGUUCAAAACUUUCUGGAUCAGACAUGUGCAAUUAAUUAAUAAUGGUGUGAUUUUGAGAGAGGGUUCAGUAAUAGUUGUAGAUCUCUUAUGUUUGGUACGCAAUGUUAUGGCUGAAGCUCAUUGUAAACGAAUUAAUUUUAAGGGUAACU